AAUCUAUUUUUUUAAAAAAAAGAGACAUUCUCUCUAUUUUUCUCUUAUUUCAAUCUCAAUUGUUUUGUAAUAUAUCUCUCUCUCUUUCUCUUGCUCUCUCGAGGCUAUUAGUUGUUUUGUUGGAAUCUCCUGUUUGAUUCUCGAGGAAAUUGAACCAUUUAGAAGAGGUACUAUCGAGAGGUCCAGUUUUCAGAGAUCUUGGAAAUUGUGUUUGCAGCAGAAGUGGGAAAUGGUUAACAGGUAUGGGGUGUAUUAAUUUGCAUAGAAUAUCAUGUUGCAGUGCAUAGAGGGAUUUAUCACUUCCCUACUCCGGUGUUGUGAUCUUGAUUUAUACAACCAAUCAAGAGGCCUUGAAGAUCCUGAGCGCCUUGCCAGGGAGACUGUGUUCAGUGUAAGUGAAAUAGAGGCACUGUAUGAGCUCUUUAAGAAGAUUAGCAGCGCCGUUAUUGAUGAUGGGCUAAUCAACAAGGAGGAGUUUCAAUUGGCAUUGUUCAAAACAAACAAGAAAGAGAGUUUAUUUGCUGAUCGGGUCUUUGACUUGUUUGAUACAAAACACAAUGGGAUCCUAGGUUUUGAGGAGUUUGCUCGUGCUCUCUCUGUUUUCCAUCCAAAUGCUCCAAUUGACGACAAGAUUGAGUUUUCUUUUCAGCUGUAUGAUCUUAAACAGCAAGGUUUUAUUGAGAGACAGGAGGUGAAACAAAUGGUAGUUGCUACGCUUGCUGAAUCUGGUAUGAACCUUUCAGAUGAUGUCAUCGAAAGCAUAAUUGAUAAGACCUUUGAGGAAGCUGAUACAAAGCAUGAUGGGAAGAUUGACAAGGAAGAGUGGAGGAGCCUUGUUCUGCGCCAUCCAUCUCUUCUGAAGAAUAUGACCCUUCAGUAUCUCAAGGACAUUACCACUACAUUCCCAAGCUUCGUCUUCCACUCACAAGUUGACGAUACUUAAAAAAAUCGAGAUUUUCCUUCAAGUGCAAUAAGUUUGUUAGUGUUAUGACUUGUUUCUUCAUGAACAAAAUGGCCCUCACACUUGUAAAGGGCGGGAGAGGGGAUUUCUGCAUUGCGCUGGUUGUUCUUUUGAUAGCUUUUGGCUGUGUAUAUUUCUUCUAUUCAAUUACUGAUAUUCUGCUUAUCUAUCAGUACUUUUGGUUUCACAGCGGUUGCGAAAGGUCCAUUUUAUUUUUGUGUACGUUUAUUGUUAGGACGAUGCUGCUGUGAUUUUUAUAUAAGAUUUAUGGACAGAAAUGUGGAGCUAAAGUGAUGUUGUGGAAACAGACAUUUCUGUGGUGAA